AGAACACAAACUAAUUCAAACAGUAUUCGGGAACUCUUGUCUUAAUACCCGAGUUAUCCCACCGAAACUUUGGUCGCUACUUUAUCUACUACGCUUUGAUUAAUAUCUACCUUCUUUUCGACUACGACUACGAAGAAACGUAUGGCAGUACACGUACCUACGUCCGGGAAUACAAACCACAACAAAAAUACAAAACAACAAAUGGGAACAAACAGCGUUGCAUCGGAACCGGAGUGAGCAUUUUCGAAGAAAUCGGGCAUACUAUUUAUCAACAGGAAAUCAUGUAUUGACGACAGGGGAAAGGAAGAAAAACGGGAAAAACAAAUGGGAAGAGAAAAAUACAUACUACAAACUCGGAAGGGAAGAAAGAAAGCGAGAAAAAUGCUCGACGGCGAUGGAUAAGAUAGGGGGCGCAGGCAGCCUAGCCGACUUCGUCCUCACCCCCCUUUCUUGGGCUCCCAGUGGAAAUCUUUUUUAUUAUUUUGUCCCAUUCUUGAUUGUGUCUUUUCCCCCCUUCUAUUCGAUCGAAAGCAUGGGGCGGCGCAAUGGACGAGCAGAAAAGUGGUUUUCCCUUAUCACUUUAUCUUUAUUACCUCUUUAUUUUGUUUUUAUUUUGCUUUUUAGGUCUUUCCAUAUCCUCAUGUACACAUUUUCACCUUCCCCUACUACUAUUAUCUCUGUCGUUGUUUAUCACCCUCGCUUACUUGCGGGCAAUGGAGGUGCCGGGAAUGGAAAUAGGAAUGUGUGGAAAAGGUCAGGAUACCGGGGAGAGAGGGUAGGGUUCUGGGGCACGGCAGCAGGGAGUCUUGCAGUGCGAGGUUUUUUUUUAAUGUAUGACAUCAGUCGAUGGGAAGCUUGUGUUUAUUUUUAUUUUUUCUAUUUUGAUUUUGUCUUGUCUUGUUCUGUAUUAGGGGUUUUGUUACAUUUUAUGGCAUUUAUCUUAGGUACCCACGUUGGAGGUUUUAGGAGAGCCGUUGGCCAUACCAUGAUAGAUAGAGGACUAGAUGUGGAUGGUCCAACAGGCUAUUAAAUAGUGAUUUAGUACUUCUCGUUUUUGAAUACAUGCAAAGCAAAUCUUGUUCACAAGCGGUCU